CAGAAGACGUUUUCCUUUAAUUAAAUCGCACUUAACUUGAAAGACAAUUACACUGUGGACUAAUUCAUCGCCAUGAAAGAGCAACAGUCUCCCAGAUAGAAGCGUGUCGGAGAAGCACAAAACUUCAGGCCAUCCUAAUUUGACGAACAAUUUACGUGCAUGUUUUAAAUGGCGAAUAACCGCACCUCAUUUUCCAUUCAUAACAUCUUAAACCGUGAUUCCGAGAAAAACAUUCGUCUUGAUGAGGAAUACGCUGACGAACAGGCAAUAGGGGACACAGAGGCACAGGACUGCUCCAGUUCAUCAGUAUCGGUCGGUAAGAAUGAAGCGGAGAGCGCAGAAAGGCGCAUCUCUCCAUGUGUGCUUGUGUUAGACUCAUUAUUCUCUGAUCAGAAUUCAUGCGAGGAAGAAUCAACGGGGGAAGACACUUCACAACUAGAAAGACGACAUGAUAUUGACCGAGGGAUGGUUCAGAGCUGUAAUUUCGGAGAUAACAACCCCAAAUCGAGCAAGAAAAGGUCUCGGGCGGCGUUCUCACAUGCGCAGGUGUAUGAGCUGGAGCGGCGCUUUAACCUGCAGCGGUACCUGUCCGGCCCGGAGCGCGCAGACCUCGCAGGAGCACUCAAACUGACGGAGACACAGGUGAAGAUUUGGUUCCAGAACAGGAGAUACAAAACCAAACGGCGACAAAUGGCGACCGAGCUUACGACAACUCCCACGGCAACCCUGGCGAAGAGAGUGGCGGUGAAAGUACUGGUGAAAAACGACCAGAGGCAAUACAACGCCGAGGAUCGACCUAGUCCGUACGUUCCUCCCGUAUACCAGUCUUUCCCUUACUACCCUUACAUGUGCUUCCAGCCAUGGAUCUCUGGGAACACUUUAAGCGGUGGCUUGUACUGAUAUACUGGGGUUAUGGCACAAUGUGGGAAGUGACUAUUGAGUUUUGCUAAACACAAACAAUCAUCAGCCAGUCAAAGUGCACUUAUGCAGAAGAGAACAGAGAAAACACAUAUCAGUUUGUUUCAGCAGGGUUGUAAAUACCAAACAUAUCUAAUAAACUGUAGAAUGCCCUAAGAAACCAAAAGGACAACCAAACUGGGAUGUGACAACACUGAUGUUCACUACUAAUAAUUUUAUACCAAUGAAUAAGCCAAAGCAGAGGCAAUUCACUCUAUAGAAAUGUUGUCAGGAUUGUAGCAUAGGCUAAAACUGUUAAUGUUGCACAAAAUAUUUGGAAAAAAUAUUGAAAUAUUAAAAAAUCUAUGGAUGUCAUUGAAUUGUAGGGGACAACCUGUUAAACAAAAAAGUGGCAUCUGCACACAAAUAAGGCUAAACAUUCUCAGAACUAAAUUUUUCAAAGCCAUUUUUCAAUAUAUUUUUAACAAACUGGUCAUGCAGGUGCCUUAAUAAUAUUUGCUUAGUGAAAUGUUUUGCUUGAAAAGUGCUUUCUUUAAAAUAAAUGCCACAUGGUUUGACAUUUUGUUCUAUAAUGCAAAGACAUUCAUACAUUAAGUAACCAAAUACUUUUUGGGGCCACUGUAGCCUGGUUUGAUAUAUACAGAGUGUAUUUAGUUUUUGGAGUUUGUCCUUUGUUAGCCUUUGGUGAAUAAAGUUCAUCUUUAUUUCCAUCACCGUUGGAAGUUUAAAAUUAAUCUUCCAUAUGCUGUAAUACAGUCUAACAUUUCUUAAUAAGUGUCAAGCAGACUCUCAGUUUUAAUAUAAUAUCUGAAUUGAAUUAGUUCUCAAAGUCACUGACAACUGUGAAAGAAUACAGGAUUAUAUUAAAGAUAUAACACGUUUUAAAACAAAUUAGGAAUAAUGUGGCAUGUCGGAGAAAAUCUAACUGCAAGAGUAUAAGGCUUAAAGGGGGUUUGUCAACAUGAUGUGCUGAGAUUAUGACUUUAGGGCAACAAUGUAAGAGGAAACAAUGAACAUUAGAUUAUUUGUGGAUAUGGUUUGACAGGCGACACAGAAUGCCAGCAUACAGAAAUAAACUUCAAUGAACCACAAGAGAAGUUUAAAUCUUUGUUUUUGUUUGUUUUUAGACAAAUCAAGACAAUUUAUGAUAAAUAGACAAGCAAAAAUAAUUUUCUGGAGUCAUUUUGACUGACUGCUUGAAUAGGUUUUAAACAAAGUGUUUCAUUAAUAAAAGAAAACUAGUUAUAGAAAGGCAGUCAAUCUGGGAUAUAUUGUCAGCAUCAAAUGAGUGAAUUAUUUUCAGUCUGCCCUCUCUAUGACCUCUCUUACAAGAUUGUGUCUAGUCGAAGUUGUUCAUUUUCAUGAGAAACAACAGUGUCAAAUUGUCUGUUUUGAAUAGUCUUUACUCCUGUGUUUAAGUAGGACAUUAUCACUGUAAAACCAGAAAGGCAAGAAAGAAAAAAAAGAAGAAAAAGACCAGAAAACAAUCCAUUGUAUGUAGAAUUAUUCCAGAUUAUAUAAGAAUCUCUUCAAUCUGCUGAUACAUUUUUUGUGCAGUAACUAGUUACAGGGAGCAAACAGUCAUUUGAUAAUGCAGAUUUGAAUAACUCUGUUUAUUAUGUUAAGUUGUUAAUUUAUCUAUGUUCAUUUGUCUGUUCAUUAACUGCAAUGAAUAUCGGCAAAGUUUCUGGUACUGUUGUUUAUUUUGUUGUUCCACGUGACAAAGGCUGUGCUGCCUUUCACACUCCUCGAGACGGCUGUUUAUCGCAAUAAAAAAUGUUGUGGGAGAGAAAUAUAGUUCUAUUUCAAGCAUCGCAACAUAAAGCAGGUCACAUAAGUUUAAGCAGCCCUUUCGUGAUAUCUGCAUGAUUCAGAUACUGUCAAUAGACCAUAUCUGUGUUGCACAACAGAGUCUGGCUAAAGCCCACAGCACAUUAAUCAUAUGUGCUUGAGGAGACAACACCCUCAUAAAAGCAAGAGAAAGAAAGUUCAGAAUUGGCAAAAUACAGCAUCCAUCUGCA